UUUGUUAGCUCCAGUCGUGCGUUCGUUUGAGACAAUCGCUAUUAAAUAACCAAAAAUGCGCGUUUUCAUUUUACUUUGCCUUUUUGCCGCCGCCUGCAGUGCCGACAAGUUGGGCUACAACUAUCAGCCCGUGGCCCAUGCUGACGCUGGCCUGUCAUUUGUUCCUGGCAGUGGCCUGGUUCCUGCCGAAAUUCCCCAGGUCGUGCAAAGUGGCGAAGCUGUGCUUUCUCAGCCCAUAGAGGCUCCUUCUGUUGUUGCCACUUCUCCCAUUGUUCCCCAGGCUGCCCCACUUGUGGAGGAAUUCCAAAAGGAAUUCUACAGCUAUGCUGCUCCCGAGGAACAAUUCAAUGAUGGAGUCAAUAACCAGGAAAUUGCCAAUUCGCUGAAGAAGAAUCUGCGUAUUGUCUUCAUUCGUACGCCGGAGAAUCAAGGUUUUGAGCGUGCCGCUCUUCAAUUGGCCAAGCAGUCUGCCCAGCAGGAAACGGCUAUUUAUGUGCUCAGCAAGCAGGCGGAUGUGGCCAACUUGGCCAAACAGCUCAACGCCCUUAAGUCCACAUCCAGCAACAAGCCUGAGGUGCACUUUGUUAAGUACCGCACACCCGAAGAUGCCGUCAAUGCCCAGUUGGCAAUCCAGAACCAGUACAACCAAUUGCCAGGUGUAUCUCGCAUCUCCAACGAGGGCCGCGCUCCUGUUAUCAACUUUGCUUCUCCUGCUGCUGCCCCAGCUGUGGCUUCUGUCGGUGCUGUGGCCUCGCCCAGCUCUGAAUAUUUACCAGCGAAUGUUGUUGCUGGCCAGGAUUAUCUGCCACCCGCACUGCGUCGCUUUCGACUAAAGUAAAUGUUGACUGAUGUUCUCGGUAAUGUUUCCUAAAUGAUCACACACACACACCCACACAGAGAUUAAUCCAGCACUUCGAUCCCUCAUCACGUUAUUCGUAAAUAGCAUCUAUAUAUACAUACAUAGAAAAAUAAACAUUUGUUAGCUCAAAAA